CGUGCAGCGCCACUUCCGGCGGGUGACCCUGGCGAGUCCUUCUGGGCGGCGGGAGCCGAGCGAUGGGGCUGCGCGACCGUGUCGUUCACGCCGGGGAGCCUGAGGAGGAGGAGGAGGAGGAAGAGCUUGUGGAUCCUUUAACCACAAUCCGGGAGCACUGCGAGCAGAUGGAGAAAUGCGUGAAGGCGCGAGAGCAGCUGGAGCUGUGUGACGCACGGGUGUCCUCCAGGUCCCAGACAGAAGAACAGUGCACAGAGGAGCUUUUCGAUUUCCUGCAUGCCAGGGACCACUGUGUUGCUCACAAACUGUUCAAGAACCUGAAGUGAAGGCAGGCAUGAUUGUCCACCUGCUUCCACAGCUGGUGUCUGCAGUUUCUGGAUUCACAGUACUGCUUCCUGCCUGUUGACUCUCCAUGCCAAGUAUAAACAAAACAGCUUCCUGGCAGCAACCAAGCACCAGUGUGUCACUGCAUCUGUUCUUGUGGAAAACGUGCAGCUGCACAAAGACCAUGUUGAUGUUCUGUAAUUUUCCAUAUUAAACAUUCUGAGUUCCCAUGGAAA